AUGGACUCCUGUGGGAAAGCAGCGGUCUCACAGACUGACUCGGAGAAGGUGGAUCAGAAGCCAGAUCAGGACUCCACUGGGGGCUGGGGGUCCUGCCUGAAGAGAGUCUGGGGGGUCGUCCCGCAGAAGUACCGCAAUGAGCUGGAGCAGCUUUUUAAACUGGCAGGCCCCGUGGUCAUUUCCCAGAUGAUGAUCUUCAUGAUCAGUUUUGUCAGCACGGUGUUCUGCGGUCACCUGGGAAAAACCGAACUGGCAGGAGUAACGCUUUCCAUAGCAGUGGUCAACGUCACCGGCAUCUCCAUCGGCACUGGUUUGUCGUUAACUUGUGACACUCUCAUAUCUCAGACCUAUGGGAGCGGUAAUCUGAAGCGAGUGGGUGUGAUCCUCCAGAGGGGGGUUCUGAUUCUGCUGCUGGCCUGUUUCCCCUGCUGGGCCAUUCUCAUCAACACAGAACCUCUGCUGCUCGCUGUCAAACAAAGUCCAGAGGUUGCCAGGCUCUCCCAGCUGUACGUGAACAUCUUCAUGCCUGCUCUGCCGGCGGCUUUUAUGUACCAGCUGCAGGGGCGCUAUCUCCAGAACCAGGGAAUUAUAUGGCCUCAGGUUAUAACCGGAGCGAUUGGAAACAUCCUCAAUGCGAUAAUCAACUACGUCUUCCUGUAUCUUCUGGAACUGGGUGUGGCUGGGUCGGCGGCAGCCAACGCCAUCUCUCAGUAUGUUCUGGCUGUGGUCCUGUUUGUUUACAUUUGUCUGAGGGGUCUUCAUAAAGCCACGUGGGGAGGUUGGUCCCUCGACUGCCUCCAGGAGUGGGGGCCGUUCGUCCAGCUCGCUAUCCCCAGCAUGCUGAUGCUUUGUCUGGAGUGGUGGAUGUUUGAGGUGGGGGGGUUCCUGGCCGGACUGAUCAGCGAGGUGGAGCUGGGAGCACACGCCAUCAUAUACGAGCUGGCUGUUGUAGCUUACAUGUUUCCUCUGGGAUUUUCUGCUGCUGCCAGUGUUCGGGUCGGGAACGCUCUGGGUGCAGGAAAUGUGGAGCAGGCCAAGCUGUCCUGCAAGGUUCCCAUCUUCUGCACAUUCAUAAUUCCCUGUUUUGUUGGGGCCAUUUUCGGCUCUUCUCGGAACGUCGUGGGAUACAUUUUCACCACAGAUCCAGACAUUUUGGAGAGGGUUGCAGACGUCAUGAUCGUGUUCGCCUUCACGCACGUUGCUGAUUCUGCUGCAGGCGUCGCUGGGGGGGUUCUGAGAGGAGCAGGGAAACAGCUGAUUGGAGCUCUGUGCAACCUGGUGGGCUACUACUUCAUUGGUUUCCCCAUUGGUGUUUCGCUCAUGUUUGCUGCCAAGAUGGGGAUCGUGGGGCUUUGGACCGGACUCACGAUUUGCGUGCUGAUGCAGUCGAUUUUCUUCAUCACAUUUUUGUACAAACUUGACUGGAAGAAAGCUGCGGAGGAAGCUCAGGUGAGGGCAGGUGUGCAGAUCAAAAACGAGAAAGAGAUGAUGGAAAACACGGACUGUAAUCACUGCCAGACCCCGGUCAGCUCAGGACCUACCAGUCCUGAUGUGGAGGACCAAAUGGACCAGAACAUGCAAGUCCCAGACCAGAAUAAAUCCACCUCCACCACCGUGGGAGACGUGCUGUCGGUGAGACAGCUGGUUGUACGCCGAGGCCUGGCGGUGCUGCUCAUGCUCCUCAUCCUCACUGUGGGAAUCGUCGCGUCGCACUUCCUCACCAGACUGCUGAAGUCUCAGUGAUUUGAAGCUGGGACGAAAGAAUCCAACUUUUUAUUGGGAUCAGGUUCUCCCAUCUAAGGGUGACGAGGGCUGCUGAGACCCAACGGAGUUCAGUGCAGCCAG